UAGGCGGUGGGUUCCGGGGUAGGCUCGUGGGUUCCGGGAUGGGCUCGUGGGUUCCGGGGUGGACUCACGGACCUGUUUGAAAUGUUUUCACAGGGUCAGCCAGCGAUGACCCGGCACACGGCCUUUUGGGGUAGGCAACUGCGGGAAUGCCCGAAGGCUUGGGGAAAGGCCGGCCAGACAUGGACGGGAGGCCGGUUCCUCCGAGCUUAGGGGGCCGGGUUGGGGCUGGCUGGCAAGGACGGCCAUGGGAGCCUCGAAUGAGUGGGGUUUCCGGUGGGCUUCAGCAGCUCCUGAAGUUUGGUUUGGAGAGGAGACAGGGGAGGAGGGGGUGGCUGGGAGGAGGCUUCCCAGGCUUUGGGGUCUCGCUGAUGGGGGCGGGGGGAGCUGCCACCUUCCAGCUCCGGGACUCUGGGCUUUGGUUGACCCUUUCCUAAAAUGAAGCUGUCGGGCUCCAUCAUAGCAAUCAGGGGAUAUUCAAGGUCACUUCUAACUGAAAUGCUUUGAGCCUGGUGAGGGGGGAGGAGUUCUGGGCUGCUGGGAACUGUCCAGUCUAGAGCCCCCUCUGCUCUGCUUGAGGUGCAGUCUGGAAAAUCAGAGAUUUUCCUGGAAACGGCCUCUCCUUCCUGCCUCCCACACCAACGGAAGGUAUUGCAAAGGAGGCUUCUGAGGAGGGAAACCAACUUUUUUUUUUUUUAAACAAACAAUCUCUUGGUGUUUAUACACCCCGGGGGAAACCUGGGAAGAAGGAGGGCCAAGCUGUGUUGGGGCCCACUUUGCGUGCGGGCGCCCUGCAGGCACAAUUAGGGGGUCUGGCUUCCAAACGAGUCCUUCCGUUGCCUCAGUUUCCUUUUCUGUAAAAAGAAUGGACGUCUACAGCCCCUUUCUAGCUCUAAAGCUAAGGUUUUUUGUGUGGCUUUGUGGGGGCGUGCCCCUCCCAAUCGCCCCUCCUCCCGGGCUCCCCUCCCCUCCUCAAAUACCGGACACACACUCACACGCGCGCACACUCACACACUCGCACACGCACACGCACACGCACACACACGCACACACACGGUCCGCGGUUUUCACUUGGGAAGCAGGCUGGCGGGAGAAGGAGCGGGGAGCCGAGAGCAGGCCAGACCCAGGGACAGCUGAGCGGCCCCGGGGGCCAUGGAGCGGCCGAGGCCGGAGGCCGAGAGCUGAGGAGACCCGGGCGGGCGGGAGCGGCCGCGGCGCGGCCCGCAGGGGCUCAGGUCGGCCCCCAGUUGGACCCUUGGGGCGCCAGCCCUCCUCUCUUGGAUCCCCGGGGACCGGAGCUGCUCACUGCCCGAGAAGGGGGCGCCCCCCAGGUUUGCUCUGCGUUCCGUCUGGCAGAUCCUCCGCCCGGCUUCUGAGCGGGUCCGAGGCCGGGGCCGGCGCCUGGAAGGGGGAGGGUGGCGAGGACCCAGCCACGGCCAGCUUGAAGGACGGAGCCGGGCUGGGGGGGCGGCCCGGGCUUCGCGAUCUCCAAGCCCGAGAGAGGGCUAACAACGGGGCUGCAGAAGCGAUUGCAGCAGGAUGGAGCCCACGUGCCGCCCUGCGUGUGCUGGGGGUGGGGGCGGGGGCUGCGGGCAGGUCUGCAGAGGUCCGCUCGGGCCGCAGCCGCUGCCCUGGCCUGCCUCCCCCCCUCCCCGACUCCGGGCGCCGCUGUCGCCAUUUCCAGAGGCCCGCAGCCCCCCCCUCCAGUAGUCAGUCCCAGCUCGACUGGGGGUGCUAGGGGAGGAGGGGGUUUGGC